GGAGAGACAGCACUGCCAUUCAGAGGAGAGACUGCGUGGAUGUGCACUUGUAUAGCCUACAUGUAUAGGAAGUACCAUUUAGCAGACACUGUUAUCCAGAGACAGUUACAGGAGCAAUUAGGUUUAAGUGCCUUGCUCAAGAGCACAUUUACAGAUUUUUUUACCUUGUCGGCUCGGGGAUUCAACACAGCGAACUUUCGGUUACUGGUCCAACGCUCUUAUACUACGCUACCUGCGGCAUGUAUUAGUAUGUGCAGCAUGAGUGGUGUGUAUGUGGCCUGUAUGUGGGUGUAGUAGGUCUGUGUAUGUUUAUAGGAGGUCUGUGUAUAUUAGAAGAUAGUGUGUGUGGAGAAGGUGGUGUGUAGGCAGUAAGUGUGUGUGUGUGCGAAUUGACUGUCAGUCAAUCAGUUUGUGAACUUUAACCACACGCUGCCCUCCCUGUGGUUGUCAUGGAAGGCGGUAGCGAGUUGGUGAUUCGGUUACCGGGACGAUCCCAUUCCCCGGACAACAACGGCAACAGUAACUUUGGGUUAGGCGAGUUUGGCCAGACAAUGGUGUUAAGGCACAAAGAGGUUCACCACUUCUUCUUGGCCCCCUUCAGGGAGCAGCCGAUCUACAGCACGCGGGCCCAUGCGUUCCAGAUUGACCCCAACACCAAGAAGAACUGGGUGCCCACCAGUAAACACGCUGUCACUGUGUCCUACUUCUAUGACAGCACCCGCAACGUUUACCGCAUCAUCAGCCUCGACGGCACCAAGGCGAUAAUCAACAGCACCAUCAGCCCCAACAUGACCUUCACAAAGACGUCUCAGAAGUUUGGCCAGUGGGCCGACAGCAGAGCUAAUACUGUUUAUGGCUUGGGCUUCUCUACUGAACAUCACCUGACCAAGUUUGCAGAGAAGUUUUCAGAGUAUAAGGAGGCAGCACGUCAGGCCAAGGGAAAAAGUCAAGAUGGAAAGAUGGAACUAGCCACCUCUCCCUCUCAGGAAUCGCCAGCAGGUGAACUCUCUUCACCUCUGACUCCUGUGACUCCUCCCGCCAUGGACAACAUCAACGGGACAGAUGAUCCCUGUGACAUCACACCCGAGCCCCGUCCUGAACCGUCUCAGAACGCACUGGCUUUCACACACAGCCCCUCCAUCAAUAAGCACUGGGAGGCAGAGCUAUCAGCUCUAAAGGGGAACAAUGCUAAGCUAACAGCCACUCUGCUGGAGUCCACAGCUAACGUAAAACAGUGGAAACAACAACUGGCUGCCUACCAGGAGGAGGCCGAGAGACUCCACAAACGGGUGACUGAGCUAGAGUGCCAGAACACCCAGACCCCUGUGAUCAAUUCCCAGAAGAUGGAGCUAAACCAGACCAUUGAGGAACUGGAAAGCACUCUGAAGGAUAAAGAAGAGGAAAUGGAGCGGUUGAAAGAGGAAGUGGAGAACGCUAACGAGCUGCUAGAGCAGAGACACUCCUUGACACAGAAACUACAGGAGACGGAGCUGCAUGGGCGAGUGUUAGAGGAGCAGCUCCUGGGAGCUGAGCAGCGAUUGGAAGAAAGUCAGGAAGAGCAGGAGAACUUCAGGAAGAGCCUAAGGACCCUACUGGAGAUGCUGGAUGGGAAGAUAUUUGAGCUGACAGAGCUCAGGGACAGCUUGGCCAAGCUCAUAGAGGGCAGCUAGUUAAUCACACACCACCUACCAACACACUGAAUUACACAGACACACUGACCCCUACUGGCAGAGUCAGAGAACUACACACACAGAUACACCACAUGAUUUACAUGGCUCCUAUAGAACUCACUGGCUCACAGCGCCCCUUAAUGUUAGACAUACAGAACAGCACUCUCACCUUCUGCCAGACCCAUAGAACAAUAAUAUACACUGCUGCCAGACCCACACAACAACAUAACCCAGUGCUGAUGACAUAGAACAGCACCCCUUAUUGGCUCCUAGGUGUAUUGUAACUGCACCCUCUCCUUCCAAAAUAACCUCCUGCAGCUGCUGCCACACUGCCCUCAGCUGUUGAACACACAGAACAGGUGCCCCAUGCGGACUCUCUGAACAUAUGUCUGAGCAACGACAUCCUUUGCAGACUGACAGAACAGCAACCCUUUCUGGUAGACUCACAGGAAUACGGCUUUACAGUUAAUUCAUAUACAGUAUUCAGUAUCUGGCCCAUGCAGAAAUAAAACCCACAAAUCUAAGGUUGCCAGCACCAUAUUACAACACGCUGAGCUAUUGAAAAUCACAGAACUACAGGAGAGCCCUAAAUCAACCACUGAAACCCACAGAGCAGAAGCAGGAGUCAUGUCCAACACACAAACACACACCUUGGCCUAGGAUUUACAAAGGCUGCUGUAAAUUCGAGUACUGUUUACAUUGAUGUUCAAGUCUUCAUGAGUAUGACUGAACCUUCGCAAUAUGAAAAUAGUAUAGUAUACUAUGACAAGAGAAUCUUCCAGAAGCAUUGGUCAUGCUUUAUUUAGAACUCCAGGUUGCCUAGCGCUUAAGAGCAUUAGGCUAGUAACCGAAAGGUUAUUGGUUAGAAUCCCUGAGCCGGCAAGGUGGAAAUAUCUGCUGUUCUGUCCUUGAGCAAGGCAGUUAAGCCCCAACAACAACUGCUCCCUGGGUGCAGAUGAAGCCAAUUAAGGCAGCCCCAGCACCUCUCUGUUUCAGAGUUGGGAAACUGACUCUUGACUGGGAAAUGUCUUUAUGGUUUAUUCCUCACUUCUUAUUCCACCAGCCCAACUGGUUGAUUUCUCACUUCUUAUUCCACCAGCCCAACCCCAGAGACCUGGGGAAUGUUCCCUCUAAACUGCACGCACUUCCUCCAGGACUGCAGCGCAGAAGAAAUGCCAUGCUGUGCUCAGAGAUGCAAGAGAUUGAAAUUCACUCGAGAGAUUGAGUUCGCCCUAUAUAGAUCAACGUCUUUCCUGUGAUUCAAUCAACAUUAUAUCACACCCUUUUCAAUGCAACAAAACAAAUCAAACUCUGCAAGAUUGAAUCUGUGAUUGUGUUGUAGGCAAGGCCAGGGCACAACGGAGUAGAAUUAUAUUGUCUGGGGUAGCCCACAAGCAUCUUUCAAUCACCAAGUGAAUACGCUUUUCAGAUGAUUUCAGAUCAGAGUGCAGAGCCGUGCAAGUGCACAUUUGUUGAUAUUCUUUGAUAGUUAGUUAUUAGACCAGUUACAGAUAAGUAUAGGUCAGCAAUGGGGAGUUACUGCUUCCUACAAGAGCACAAACCUUGUAGGCUACAUUUCAAGCACUUGUUGAAAGGCAAGUCAGAUAAGAAGCUUUUGUCUUAAUUAAAGAGCAAAGUAUUUUGAGUCAGGCUUGAAUAUGCAAAUAGGCCAAUAGACAGAGGGGUAGCCUAUAUUGUCUAAUUCUCUGUAUGGUAAUAGUAAUUCAUUUUAUUUUGUGAAAUGGUUUCUUCCAUCAUACAACACAAUGCAAUCACCUUUUUGGCCCAUGGUGUUACAGACCAAGUAAAAAAUAAUUGAUUAAUGUCAAUGUAAAAACGUUUUUAAAAGCCUCAAAGUGUAGGCCUGCAUUGAACAACACAUAUAGGCUACUGUAGCGCAUAGAAAACAAAAGCUAUUUCCAUGUGAAAAUGUUAUGGGAUUUUCUCCAUUGGUUGUGUUGGUAGGCCUACCAUUAAGUUCAAAUAGCCAUAAUAGCCUAUUGGCUACUUUCUAAAACUGUAAGGGUACAGCCUCAGUGUUCACUGUAAAUGCACACUGUAAAUUGCACAGAAUUCUCACAAUGUUCAAUUUUCAGCUCACAAGACCUAAAAUUUGCUCAGUGCCCCCCAAAAUUUGAGGAAACAUUGGACCUGGGGUUUGGUGAAACGUUUCAGAAGGUUUCAAGCAGUUCAGAGUUAGCCCUGUUCAUUUGAAAGAUGUUUAAAUGUUUUAAAAUCUUACACAUUCUGAAUCCACCCUUACUUCCUCCUGAACAGAGAACUGACCUUAUCUUCCUGCAAAGCUUGGGGCAAUGUGUGUGUUACUGAAUGGGUUCUGAACUCUACACUGCUUGAGUGUGUUGGAGUGUGUGUAUGUGUCUAGAGAGACACAUGCACAAAGAGGUCUGUAUACACACUGAGCAAAACCAGACAUUCUCUGGAUGACAGACACUUUAAUCUAACAAUCAGGUAUUCAACUCAGUGGUCUGACUCGGACACCAAGACUGCACCUCAAAUGACACUCUAUUCCUCAUAUAGUGCUUUACUUAUUAAAAGAUACAUAGAAAGACAUAGGUAGUUAGAAAGAUAGAUAGUUGUAUAUUUAUGUAACUCUUCAAUAAAAAAAGCAUAGUAUGACAUUUAUGCAUCGGCACUUUAAAAUGAAAGAUAAUAAUAUGGCUCAAAGCAUAAAUGCCAUAUGUGCAAGGAAAGAAGAAAAACUGUACCAUUCAUGUGUCUCUACUGCACUUUAAGGGGAAUAAGGGGAAGAGAUGCACCCUAAAACUCUUUGGUCUCAGAAACACUGGGUACACCCACAUUAAAAAAUACUAUGGUUUACUAUAGAAUACUACCGUACUUACAAUAGAAUUAUGUAGUAAACUGUUGUAUACUGUAGAAUAUUAUACUACACACUGUAGUAUCCCUUGAUCAUGUGUAGGACUUUACAUACUAUAGAACUGAUGAGGCUGGUGGGAGGGCUAUAGGAGGACGAGCUCAUUUUAAUGGCUGCAAUGGAGUAAAUGGAACAGAGUCAAACAUGUGGUUUCCGUAUGUUUGCUGUUUGAAACCAUUUUAUUUAUUCCAUUCCAGCCAUUGCAAUGAGCCGAUCCUCUUAUAGCUCCUCCCACCAGCCUCCUCUGCUAUAGAAUGUUGUAGUAUAAUAUAGUAUUAUCUGCAAAAAAACACUGUAGUAUAUACUAUAUAGAUCAGGGGUGGGCAAAUCCUGUCCUCGAUGGCCUGAUUGGUGUCACACUUUUUCUCCAUCCCUAGCAAACACAGCUGACUAAUCAAAUUGUAUUCUAAACUGAAGAUCAUGAUUAGGUGAUUAUUGGAGUCAGGUGUGUUAGCUGGGGCAAAACUGUGACACCAAUCAGGCCCUCGGGGACUGGAAUUGCCCACCCCUGAUAUAGAUACUACUAAUUAAAUACUGUAGUAUAUAAUUAGCAUAUAUCUGCCCAUUCCCCAACCCCAUAUCCCAAAUUGUGCUACCCAUAAAUGAGAAACCUACAUGUCAAGUAUGCGUUCACUACAGGGUAUAGAAAACAGCAGGAGCGGUGAACUUUCUGUGCAGACCUGCCUGCCUGCCAGUCAGGCUAUGGAAAAUGUUAGUAUUUCUCCAGUAGGUUUUCUCAAGGAGAAAGCCUUCACUUCAAUGUCAAAGAUAAUAAAACAAAAAUGCUAUAAUAAAUACUACAGUAAUGUCUGCAGAAACACUGCAAUAGAUACUACAGUAUACUACAAUUUGCAAAAAACACUACAGUGAAUACUAUAGUAUUGUUAUACCAUAGUACACAUAGUAUUUUUUCACGUGGGCAGUUCUUCACCAUGGACCUGGAUUGCGAUGAAUACAAAAUAACUGUCCUUAGUUUAUAUAUAUUUUUAUAUUCAGUAUAUAUUAUGUAUAUUAAAUAAGACAUACUGUAUAAUAUAACUUUAUACUUGGGCUCGGGUGUAAACAGAAAGUUGGUUAAAUCUGAAAAAUAAUUUUCUGUUGCUUUGCUGUAUGUUUUUGGAUUACAGAAAUCAAUAUCUUAAUUUUGAGAUGAAUGAUGAAAAUGAAAUGCUUUGCUGAGAUAAUGCAGAGGAUAUAAGAAUUUGUUUUCCUAUUUUGUAACUUAUGGUACUUAAGUAUGAGUGUAUUUAAAGCUGUGAGAAAGCUGGCAAUAUUUUGGAUUAUUUAAGUAUUUUUGAACAAAAUUGAGGAGGCUAUUUAAUUAGAUGUACCUCCGGUUUUGGAUAAUGAUGCUAGGGUGUACUGCUGGUGUGAUGACGCAAUUGUGAUGCAAUAUGUGGUUGUGGUGGAGAUGAAUUUGCCAAAUUGUAUGGAGAAUUCAGAGCUUUGACACUAUUUCAAAAGUUUUGUAAUCACCAUUUUGUAAUAAUAAUACUACAGGAAGGGAUCACUGUUUAAGUAAAGUUCUUAAAAUAGUUUCUAGACUGACCAGCUUUGCAAUGUGACACAUUGGUUGAAAUGACAUCAGGCUGACAUAUUCUGGUUGUUGUAUACAUAUUUCAGAAAAUGUCCAGCCUUUUUCCAGACUUAUUCAAUUGGUCGUGAAAAAGACAUCUUGAGACAUUUGGAUAUCUGACAUAAAAAAAACAGACUUCAACCACAACCAUUACAUCAUUAUGACAUUGUAUGCUCACUAGGUCAUGUUCAGAAAUAUGUUGGGUUUAGAUUUCAGGGGUUUGUUUCUUUCAUUUACAGAACCAUGGACAUGAGAAUGGACUACUGGGAAAUUGUUGGGUUUCAUUUUUCAAAACAGCUGAUGGACUAAACUGUGUAGCUUCUUUUAUAAACACAUAAUAGCUCUCAUUGGUCUGGCUAUAACUGCCAUGGAGUCAAUUUGUAUUUCUCUGGUGGAGGUAGUGAUACUGUUUGCAGAAGCAUACCUUCAUUAUACGUUGACAAAAUUGCACAGAAUGUCAGGAAAUUCAACACAUAAGUAAAAUACACAAAACACCAUGAAUGGAAUUUUAAAAUACUUAAAUUAAUUAACUAGGCUAAAAUAAUAAAACAUGUCACAAUUUAUAUUUUUCACAGAAAGAGAGGCAACUUCAGUACUCGGUAAUACAAGGUUUUAUUAUGCUUUGAAUACAUAUGAAAAACAGAGAAAAGGCAAAAAAGUUAUUUUUUGAAAAACUAUUGCUAUAUAAAUGUGAAACCAUUAAAUGUUCAAAUAAAGACAAUUUGACCGUUUAGGUCAAUCACA